CGUGUGAUUUUAUGAACACUGCUCCCAACGGGACUUCAAGUCUCCCCUGCCAGGCUGUUACGUCCGUCAUUUGCUAGAGGCCUUGCCGGCUUCCCCAAUGAAGAUACAUCACAGGCACAUGCGGCUCAACCUCAAUGUGCACGCUUUGCAUUGUCACUGCAUCGCAUCCCCUUUCCGGCUUCGGCCGUCUUUCCCCUUCACACUCCACGUGUUUCUCUGUACUGCAGUCACAUCAUCUGCCUCGACUUCAUUGCUUCGCGGAAACGACAAAAGAAGCAAGCUCGACGCACAAUUUGAUGUAAGUAUUCUGCACCGCAAUGUAUUUGCCGCUAGGUAUUAGUGCAUAGCCAAUACGUGAUUUCUCUCAUCAAGUCUUCGA